AUGAGCAAAAACCAGGUGACCUUCAAAAGUAACAUUCAGACCCACAUUUCUGUAAUAACACCGGAGGGGGAAACUCGGUCACAAGGUCAAGGCAGUCUUAUUGGGAUGGUAUUUGCCGUGGCCGCCCUAGUGGGCAUCGCUAUCGCCCGUCCAGAUAGCCCACCUACAUAUGGCUAUUCUGCUCCCACACCCUCUUACGCACCCGCUAAGUACGACUUCAACUACGCCGUAAACGACCAACCAUCUGGUAACGACUUCGGACAUGAGGAAGCCCGUGAUGGAGACAACACACAGGGAUCCUACUACGUCCUUCUUCCCGACGGUCGUCUUCAGAGGGUGACCUACAAUGUGAACGGCGACUCCGGCUAUGUGGCUGAUGUCACCUACGAGGGAGAAGCUCGGUACCCCACCCCAAAGGCGUCCUACGGUCCUCCUCAGCCAUCCUUACAAGCCUCCCACUCCCUCUUAUGCUUAAAAACAGCAUUAAGGAUAUUUAUUGAACUCGGGUCUUUAUUAAUACUAUAAUAA